CAAUUCUCUGCGAGAUACCAAUCUGUUUGGUUGUCUGAGAGAGAAUGUCUGAUCGGAUCUUCUAUAUUCACUCCAAUUUGUCCUCUGUCCCCUGGGAUGGCAGUGCAUCAGCAGUGCCUCCCGCUUCUCUUCCUACACCUGGUCAUUACCAUGUCCUCUAUCGAGGGUGUGGAGAAACCCAGGUGGGCUGGCACGGGGAAACAUACUGCCUAGUUGGAGGUUACCGGCUCUAUGGGGAUGCUCCUGUGGCCACCCCAGCAAAAGCUGAAGCAGAAAAGCCAUCCCCCAGCCGAGGUCUCAAGAGAUGUCGAGCCCUGGUAGAGUCAGACAAAGACCUAGGUUGCUCUAGACCCAAAACUCGGCGCUUGCAGGUGGAUCAUGGCAUCAAGACCCUGUCAGCACCGUCGCCCCUGCACUCCUGCCUGGCCCUCGGUAACAUGCAGCGCGCAGGCCUCGAGGCUCCCCACGCGCUGGGCCAGAGGCCUCUGCUGUGUCUGCUGCUCCUGUCCCUGCUGCCGCUGCUGCUACCGCCCAAGCCCAUAACCUGCGCCCAGACCACGCCGGACACGCCCAGCACCCCCACCUUGCCAGGUGUCCCCAACCCCCCAACCACGUUGGGCUCCCCCAGAGUCCCGGACCUGCGAGAGCGCGCUCGAGCCCUGAUGCGGGACUUCCCGCUGGUGGACGGCCACAACGACCUGCCCCUGGUCCUGAGGCAAUUUCACCCAAAUGGAAUACAGAAUGUUAACCUGCACAAUUUCAGCCAUGGCCAGACCAACUUGGACAGGCUUAGAGAUGGCCUCGUGGGUGCCCAGUUCUGGUCGGCCUACGUUCCAUGCCAGACCCAGGACCGGGAUGCUGUGCGCCUUACCCUGGAGCAGAUAGACCUCAUACGCCACAUGUGUGCCUCCUACCCUGAACUGGAGCUUGUGACCUCUGUCAAAGCUCUGAAAAACACCCGGAAAUUGGCCUGCCUCAUUGGUGUGGAAGGCGGCCACUCUCUGGACAGCAGCCUCUCCGUCUUGCGUACCUUUUAUGUGCUGGGAGUGCGCUACCUGACGCUCACCCACACCUGCAACACGCCCUGGGCAGAGAGCUCGGCCGAGGGCACCCACCCCUUCUACAGCAAUGUCAGUGGGCUGACCAGCUUUGGCGAGAAGAUGGUGGCAGAAAUGAACCGCCUGGGCAUGAUGGUAGACUUGUCCCAUGUCUCGGACGCUGUAGCCCGGCGGGCCCUGGAAGUGUCACAGGCGCCUGUGAUCUUCUCCCACUCGGCUGCCCGGAGUGUCUGCAAUCACAGUCGGAAUGUCCCUGAUGACAUCCUGCAGCUUUUGAAGAAGAACGGUGGCAUCGUGAUGGUAUCCUUGUCCGUGGGAGUGCUGCAGUGCAACCUGUUAGCUAAUGUGUCCACAGUGGCAGAUCACUUCGACCACAUCAAGGCAGCCAUUGGAUCCAAGUUCAUCGGGAUCGGCGGAGAUUACGAUGGGGCUGCCCAGUUUCCCCAGGGGCUGGAGGACGUGUCCACAUACCCGGUACUGAUAGAGGAGUUGCUGAGUCGUGGCUGGAGUGAGGAAGAGCUUCAGAGUGUUCUUCGAGGGAACCUGCUGCGGGUCUUCGAACAGGUGGAACAGGUACGGGAGCAAAACAAGUGGAAAAGCCCCUUGGAGGCCAAGCUCCCAGAUGAGCAGCUGGGCAGCUCUUGCCGCUCUGUCUUCCUGCAUCUACAUAAAGGACAGGAUCCAGUUCCAGACCAGAAACUAAAUGAGACACAUCAGACACCUAAGUUAUCACCCAUGUGGUCACUCUCAAAGUCCUCCCCUCGCCUGACCCUAGGCCUUGCAGUGGUUGCUGCAUUCCCAGCCCUUAUCCUGUGGCUCAGUUAGUCCAGUCAAUCAGCAUUAUCGCAGCCAUGGAGAUCCCACAAAAUUCUCCUCUUGUGCAGGCACAAACGUUUUCUGAAAAUAAAUGUU